UCACAACGGUGCUAUAUCUUGGUUGCCUGUCGACUGACCUCCCUAGUAACACAGCCGCGAUUUCUCGCUUUCGCACUUUCGCUGUUCAACACCAAGCACUCUACAACAGUCUUACAUAGACUGGCCUUAACAAACAACAUUGAUAUACAAAUGGUCGCCGUAAAAAUGAGCCACAAAUCUUGUGCAUUUCCAGAUAAAAGGGCUGCCAAGUGCAAUGGCGACAAGAAAUAUAUAAAUCGCGAAGCAUCGCGACGUAAACAGUCGGGCGACGCAAUAAUAGUAAACAAAUCUAAGUAUAACAUAGCCAGCGGUGUUCGGGUAGGCUGCCCUUACUAUAUGAAAGACCCUCAGUCCUGCGCGAAAGCAGCCUGUCGUGGCAAUGGAUAUAAAGAAAUUGCAAAACUUAAAGACCACCUAAAAGACUGCCACAAUCUGACCAAGAGUCUCAUGUCGCAAUUGAGUUUCAAAAGCCGCAGAUUCACCUCGCUAAAAUCACUUGAAGAGAAGUGGAAACUAGCCUUCUCCAUCAUCUUUCCCGAGGUACCCAAGGAAAAAAUCCCUUCAGGUAUCGCCACUCGCAUCGGCCCUGUCGCUGCGCUGUCGAAAUGCCAGAAAUGCCGCCAAGAAAAAGAAUCUAUAGCUGAAAAAGAUAAAUCGAUGGUGGGGGGAGAGGGGUAUGUUAAUAUUAAAGCUAUGAGAAAGAUGCUCCACGAUCGAGCUUGGGAUAUGUUCAAGGAUGGGAUGGAGAUUCAUAUUGCCGAUUUUAUGGUGGCGUUUGGGCCGUUGUUUGAUGGUGCUGUUCAAGAUGUUAUUACUGGGCGCGACUCUGAGAUUGAUGUUGAUGUGCAGAUGGAUACGAUUGGAGAAAUCGAUAUUGCAACUGGCAUUGUCACUGAUUUCGAUCUGCUUGAUCUGGAUAUGGAUGUAACUGAGCAAGCUCACGAUGUCUUAAAGCCUCAUUCGAAGAUGGAGCUCGAGUGCGAUGCCAAACCACCUGCAUCAAGAUCUCCACAGGGCAAAUUAGAUACCUGUUCCAGUAUUACGCUUGCCACGCCGGAUGCUAUGCCUAUUUGUGCCCAAAACCUCGAUGCAGACUUUAUCGAUUACGAUAUGGAACAAGAGUCUGAAGGCUUGUCAGACCAGGCAAACAGCACAACACACGUUGCCCCACCCUUUGCGCCACUCUCGGAAGCCAAAUACACGUCUACGCCAAUAGAAACGGACGCGAAGUCCAUGGCCUCGGUGGAUUUGCAUCUUAGUGAUUCUACGCACGGGGAAGAAGUAUGUGGUACCAAACCUGUAUGGAAUUCUGAGUGUGCAAAAGAUGCGAUGUUAUCAUACGAGUCCAGAAAUCAUGACGAUAUGUCACCUGAGGCUUGGCUACAGGCUCGCGAAGAACAGAUAGGCUCACGAAAGGUGGGGGUUUUCGCAUUCGAGGCGCCCCGAAGAUAA